AUGCCUCAGUUGUUGACGGCUGUUGGCUUCUCUUCUGUUGGAUUCUCUUUUUUUUUUAGCACCACCCCCACUGCUACCUCUCACAUAUACACAUAUACACACAGUCCUCUGCAGGUUCUCAAAAUCUUUCUUUUCUUUCCCUUUGUGUUUGUUCCCUUCUCUCUCUCCAAUGUUAGACUGAGCUCCUGUAAGGAGGAGAUAAAGCCCCCCGGCAGGGCAGGACCGCAACUGUCGCCGUCUGACUUCCUGGACAAGCUCAUGGGGAGAACAUCAGGUUAUGAUGCCCGCAUCAGACCCAACUUCAAAGGCCCAGCUGUGAAUGUCACCUGUAAUAUUUUCAUCAACAGCUUUGGGUCCAUCACAGAAACUACAAUGGACUACAGGCUCAAUGUAUUUCUACGGCAAAACUGGAAUGACCCCCGCCUGGCGUACAGCGAAUACCCAGACGACUCCCUCGAUCUGGAUCCAUCCAUGUUGGACUCUAUCUGGAAACCCGAUUUAUUCUUUGCAAACGAGAAAGGAGCCAAUUUCCACGAGGUCACCACUGAUAACAAGCUGCUACGGAUUUUCCAAGAUGGCAGCGUUCUGUACAGCAUAAGGCUGACUCUUAUCCUGUCCUGCCCUAUGGACUUGAAGAAUUUCCCAAUGGACAUACAGACUUGUACAAUGCAGCUUGAAAGCUUUGGUUACACCAUGAAUGACUUGAUCUUUGAGUGGCUGUCUGAAAACCCCGUUCAGGUGGCUGAUGAUCUCACCCUCCCCCAGUUUGUGCUAAAAGAGGAGAAGGAUUUGGGUUACUGCACUAAGCAUUACAACACAGGUAAAUUCACCUGCAUUGAGGUGAAGUUCCACCUGGAACGUCAAAUGGGCUACUACUUGAUCCAGAUGUACAUCCCCUCCCUCCUCAUUGUCAUCCUCUCAUGGGUGUCUUUCUGGAUAAACAUGGACGCUGCACCAGCCAGAGUGGGUUUGGGCAUCACCACUGUACUGACGAUGACCACGCAGAGCUCUGGUUCAAGGGCCUCGCUGCCGAAGGUGUCCUAUGUAAAGGCCAUCGACAUUUGGAUGGCGGUAUGCCUUCUGUUUGUGUUUGCCGCCCUGCUGGAAUACGCAGCAGUCAACUUUGUCUCAAGGCAACACAAGGAGUUCAUCAGGCUGAGGAAAAGGCAGCGGCAGCAAAGAAUAGAGGAGGAACUGGUGAGGGAGAGCCGUGGCUUUUACUUCCGGGGUUAUGGACUGGGUCACUGCCUGCAGAACAAGGAUGGUAACGCUCUGGAGGGGGCCACUGUGUUCACCACGCCGCCGCCGCCUCCUAUUCCUCCUCCGAUAACCUUGUACGACGGAGAGGUGCUUCACAAGCGUUUUGUGGAUCGGGCCAAGCGCAUUGACACCAUAUCCAGAGCAGUCUUUCCCUUGAGCUUCCUCAUAUUCAACAUCUUCUACUGGAUCACCUAUAAAGUGCUGCGACACGAAGACAUCCAUGCAAAUUUGUAG